CCUACUUCCAUGGUUAGUAGAGAACAAUGAUGGUGAUACACCUUUGUCAUUGGCCAUAACUCCUCAAUAUGAAAAGUUUGCACUAUAUAUCUUGUCAAUUGAUGAAAAUGCGGUUAUUAAAAGUCAGAAUAAUGUUUUGUUCUUGGCUAUCGAGAAUGGAUGCUAUAAAGUUGCCCAAAAGAUUUUAAAGAUAGUGGAUGACAACGGUUGGAAUCAACUUCUUACUAAUCAUCACCAUAAUGUUUUGCAUCUUGCACCGUUAUGCACAAAUGACUUUUGUACACGGCUUAUUGAAAGACAUCCUGAGUUACUCACAAGAGUAGACAAAGGGGGAUGUCAGUAUUACACAAUUGGAUAUUAAAAAAGGGUGAAGUAUGGCUCUUCGAAUACAUUUUAAAUAGCAAAUGGAAGAGUAUCUUUGUGAAACUCAUUGGUGAUGCAGAUUACAAUGACAGAAACAACCCCUUUCAUGUUGCGGCCACUACCAACCAUGAAACAACCAACCAAGUUGUAAAGCUCCUUAUAGAAGCUCACAAAGAAUAUCAACCUACUUGGAUGGUCAAUGAUGUAUAUCAAUUGCCAUGGUUUACAAUUAAUAAAGCAAAUGAAGGACCUUUGCACUUGGCCAUACGCAACCAAAAUGAAGAGCUUGCUUUAGAAUUACUGAAACUACACAAGGAUGAUGAUGAUAUUAGUGAACUACUCGAUUAUUACAGGCCAAAGCAUACUACUUUGUUUCUAGCUAUACAGAACAAUUGCUCUCAAGUAGCCGAAAAUAUAUUGUCAAGAUUGGAUAGAAAAAGUUGGAACGAAUAUCUUAUGGAUUCCACUGAUGGUCGUAAUAUAAUGCAUCUAGUUCCAAGUUUGACAAAUGAAAAGUUCGGGACAUGGCUAGUAGAAGAAGUUUCAGAAUUCAUCACUCAAAAAGACGUCAAUGGACAAUCAGCUUGGGAUAAAGCAUAUGAAAUUGGUCCUGCAUGGUUUAUAAAAGCAGUUUUGGAAAAGGAACCAUCUGUGUUUAAUAGCGCACCCUUGGUUUGGACUAAAGCAUGUGAGAAGGGUCACGUAUUAGCCCUUUGUGCCUUCAUCGACCAUAAUCCGGGGGGUUUUAGAGAUCUUUGUAUUGAAUAUAAGGAUUCUCCUCUACAUCACAUAAAACUCCCAAAUUUAACGGGGUAUGAAAAUUUUCUCAAGAUUACACGCAUGAAGGAUUUAAUCAAUCUUCAAGAUUCCAAAGGGGUGACACCUUUACACAAAGCAAUAAGAAAUAAAGACUUAUUCUUGACAGAAACGUUACUCACGAUGGAUAAGAUAAUAUAUAACAUUGAGGAUGAUGAAAAUGUAUCUGCCAUAGAUCUGCUAGCUCAAGAAUGUGACAACAACCAGACAUGGGACCGGAUGUGCAAAAGAAUUGGACUUGACCCGAGGAUAAAAACGACAUAUUUCCAAGAUAAGACGAAUUUGUUGGAAGUGCGAAACUCUCUAUUCAUAGUGGCCGCUUUACUAGCAAAAAUUACGUUCACUGCUGGAUUCACUCUCCCUGGUGGAUUUAAUCAAGAAACUGGAGCAGCACUGUUAGGGAAGCAACCAUCUUUCCUAGUGUUUUUGGUAUCUGAUGCAUUGGCCUUAUUUUUUUCGAUGUUGGUGUUGAUUUGUCUUACAUGGUCCAUGGUUUUCGAUGCCAGUAAAUCUUUGGUAUUGAUUGAUCGAAGUAUGGCUUUACUCCGUUUAGCACUAAACUUCACCUUAUUGGCGUUUAUGACUGGCGUAUACGUUGUCAUAGCCCCAAAGUCAUUGUGGGCAGCUAUUCUUAUUAUUAUCAUUAUGAGCUUCCUCGUUGGAAUUUCAAUCAACAAGACACUCUUGUAUAAUUUUCUAGAGUAUGUAUACAAGUUCAUCCCUUCUCCAAAGAAAAAGCAUAGAGAUCAAAUCGGUGAUGUGGAACUGGGCGUCCCUAACAAACAUGAUCACUUGCAUGAUGCUUAGACGUCAUGGGGAGGAUUGCUAGCCAGGACCGGAAAAAGGAGGACUCCAACUGUGGCUGCGCCUUUUUACUGCUAGCCAGAGCCAAACAAAGGAGGACUCAAAUGCAUAAGUGUGAAGAAUGUAGCUAAUUAGGUUGAACUCCUACCCAUUUUUUAAUAUGGAAAUUGUGAUGGAAAGUUACUUUGUAACUUUUUGUUGAACACUAGUUUUCUUACACCAGUGUGACUUUUUUUGUUUCUUUACAUUCAUGAUUCAUCCAUGUUGAUUGCAACUAAUACAGAAAUAUUCUUCUGCAAUACUUUGA